UUCAGUUUCAGUUCAGUUCGCGAUUUUGACUGAUUUUGAUUUGACGUGACGCGACAUAUUUACCAUAAAUACAAAAUCUUUUUAUUAGUGCUCUUAAAUUAUAAAUAUUUAUUAUGGAAGACGUUAAAGAUUUGGAACCUCUAGAGCCGUCUUUGCGCAACAUAAUAGAUCAAAAAUCAUUGCGAUGGAUAUUUGUUGGUGGAAAAGGUGGCGUAGGAAAAACGACGUGCAGUUGUAGUCUAGCCGUUCAAUUGUCCAAGGUUCGAGAGUCCGUGCUAAUUAUUUCAACUGAUCCAGCACAUAAUAUUUCAGAUGCAUUUGACCAAAAGUUUUCAAAGGUACCAACCAAAGUGAAAGGCUUCGACAAUUUAUUUGCAAUGGAAAUUGAUCCUAAUGUGGGAUUAACGGAAUUACCAGAGGAGUAUUUUGAAGGUGAAACUGAGGCUAUGAAGCUUGGUAAAGGUGUGAUGCAAGAGAUAGUCGGAGCUUUCCCGGGUAUUGAUGAAGCUAUGAGUUAUGCUGAGGUUAUGAAACUAGUGAAGGGAAUGAACUUCAGUGCUGUAGUAUUUGAUACUGCUCCUACAGGACACACAUUGCGUCUCCUUUCAUUUCCGCAAGUUGUAGAGAAAGGUCUCGGUAAAUUGAUGAGACUAAAAUCUAAGGUUGCCCCAUUUAUGAACCAGGCUGCAACAUUAUUUGGUCUUGCGGAAUUAAACGCAGACAUGUUUAGCAACAAAAUGGACGAAAUGUUGUCUAUAAUACGUCAAGUGAAUGCCCAGUUCAAGGAUCCUAAUCAGACUACGUUCGUCUGCGUUUGUAUAGCAGAGUUUUUGUCACUGUACGAAACUGAACGUUUGGUGCAAGAACUUACACGUUGUGGUAUUGAUACGCAUAAUAUUAUAGUAAAUCAGUUGCUACUGCGAACUUCAGCUCCAUGUGAGCUAUGCGCAGCGAGGCAUAAAGUACAGGAGAAAUAUUUAGAGCAAAUUACAGAUUUAUAUGAAGAUUUCCAUGUAACUAAAUUACCUUUACUGGAUAAGGAAGUUAGGGGUGCAGCGGCUGUUCAUUCCUUCUCGGAACAUCUGCUUAAACCAUAUGUGCCUCCAACAGGACCUUAAAUAUUGUUUGUUUUGAAUAAGCUAUCAUAAACUGGAAUUCACAAUUGUGGUAUAUCAUCAAAUAUUUACAUAAUCGCUUAUAGCAGUGUACAUAUGUUACAGAAUAGUAUUUUAUACAUUCAAGUGACCAACUUGAAUAUUUCCUGAAAAAUUUAAAUUUGCAACGCUAUGUGUAAAGUAUCUAUUUUUAUUGUAUACUUAUCACAUAUAUUUAAUGUCAUAAAAUUAUAGAUUUUCUAGUUUAAUACUUAGGUGCCUGGGUUUAAAGGAUAUUUUUAAAUUAAUCUAUAGACAUGAUUUUAGACAGUAUGGUAUCCUGAUACAAACAUAUUCCUUGCUGAUUAUUCCCGUUAUUUUGUAAUGUAAUUUACAAUCAACACAUCGGCAGUUAUAGUAUUAUACCGAAAAUUUUAAUAAAUGUAAUAUAUUCCAUAUUUACUGUAAUUAAAUAAUGUUUCAA